AUGGAUGAGGCCGUUAUCGCUUUGGUUGGCCACUCGUUGGCCGAGAAGAAGGCCAUCGCUGCCAGGCUGCGACUUCACUCGCCGCUACAGCUGGAAAUCCACUCUGCACCGACCUUGUCGGCAGCGCCAGUGGCCAGUGAUGCAUACAUCAUCUUGCUGGAUCUCUCCCAGCCCGCACAGAUUGAGGAUCUACAGUCGUCAAUAUCAGCGUCCAUGCUGAACAAGACCUUACUUGUCUUCUACGUCCCGCAGCAAGGCUCCCAAGUGGUUGAGAUGGACAGCAUACUUGAUCUAAUCGACUUUGACAUUCCGUACACCUUCGUCGACUUUGCAGCCGAGUCCAGCGUGCGUGCGCUCGUGCAGCGUAUCGAGUCGCUAGUGCAGGUGUCGACGGGCGCGUGUCUCGGUUACAGCGUUGCCCUCGCCCGCUCCGCCAUACAGCAGCGCACGCGCGCAACAGUCGCCACAGAACACGCCAGCAUGGACACGUCUGCUCCAUGAAACGAAAGAGGGUCAUGGUUCCGUCAUUUGCAGCUGUCAGUGUUCGUGUGUGUACUUGGGGAGGGAGAGUGGAUGGAAGGAAAGGAGGGAAGAGCAAGACAGAGCAUGACACGCGUUCGUGCAGCAAAUGCGGGUGCACAGAGCACUUGCAUCAGCAGCGCUCACAUGCAAGCGAUGCGUGCGUGCGUGCGUGGUGCAAUUUUGUGCUUGUUGUUUGCUGGCAUUUGCUUGCAGGCACGGGGCGCAUUUAGAACUGCUUGAGGAUGUUGCGGCGAAUGUAGAACGAGUCGAGCUUGUCGGCCUUGACGUUGCCGGCAGCUGUUUUUGAGUGGAUGCGUGUGUGUGCGUAUGUGUGUGCGUGCGUUUGAGAUGAGAGGCGGGGGGGGGGAUGGACGG